AUGUCGUCCAGCGAUAAUGAAGUACUUUACACUCUGGGGGAGUUGGAUUUGCUCCCGAAACCUCCUGGCUCUCCUCGUCGUCUACCUUCUGUCCCUAAAGAGAGACCCUCAUCUAGACCGCUUCCGCCCAUACCGCGCGCUCUCGCUUGCAAGGAAUGUAUGACAGUCAUCACGUCUAUAUCUCUUCUCCUUCCCUUGGAAGCUAUACCUCCCGAAUCAAGAGCAUUCAGGGGGUUCUCUGGGAAGGCAUCUCUAUUCACCGAAAUUCGCAAUGUCACUCUCUCCGUGCCCCGCGUUCGUUUAAUGGCUACCGGUGCUCACACAAUGCAAGAGCUGACAUGCUCAAAGUGCUCGGUAUACCUUGGUUGGAAGAUCAACAAAGCCUCCGAACAAUCCGAACGGUGGAAGGAAGGUCAUUUUUUAAUGGAACUGGAAAAUCUCUGCGCACGCAUGGACCCAAAUUCUUCCCCUCGGACACGACCUCGCCAUCUACCACGUCCUGCUUCGUCAAGUUCUGAUAGUAGUCUCGAAUGA